AGCAGCGGCAGCGAUGCUGAGAGCAGCGGGCAGGGGCUGGGAGCGCUUUCCCUGCCAGUCGCGCUCUUACUGGGAGCACUGGGAGGGAACUGGGAGGAAACCGCGCCCGGAGGCGGCCGCAGCCGGCGGCGGGCGGGGCCAAGCCCAGGGGCGGGGCCAUGCAAAUCCGGGAGCGAUCGCGCGCUGGGAUUGGUGGGCGGCAGCAGCGCGACGCCUGCAGGGUCACGUGAGGGCCGGGGCGGGGCCGGAGCGAUGGCGGCGGCGUCCGAGACCGAGCGGCUGCUGAGCCGCGGCCCCGGGUACGGCACGGCCGAGGCGGCGCCGGCACCGGGGCAGGAGGAGGAAGAGGAGGAGGAGGAGGAGGAGGAGCUGCGGCGCCGCCUCAAGUAUUUCUUCAUGAGCCCCUGCGACAAGUACCGGGCCCGCGGCAGGCGGCCCGUGAAGCUCGCGCUGCAGCUCGCCAAGAUCGUCCUUGUCACCGUGCAGCUGAUCCUGUUUGGGCUCAGCAACCAGCUGGUGGUGGCCUUCAAGGAGGACAACACGGUGGCCUUCAAGCACCUGUUCCUCAAGGGCUACGAGGACGGCGCCGAUGACACCCGGGCCAUCUACACCCGCGGGGACCUCCUGGAGCACCUGGACUUUGUCCUCGAGAAGUACCUGGCUGUCCCCAACGAGACCCUGGGCCGCUACGCCUACGGUGGCACCGGGGGUGGCACCGGGGGUGGCACCGGGCUCCGGCUGUGCCAGCGCUUCUUCCGCAGGGGGGACAUCGACCCCGGCAACGACACCUUCGACAUCGACCCCAGCGUGGUCACCGAGUGCCUGGGGGUGCACCCCGGGGACCCCCGGCCGCCGGCGCUGGACGGCACCGACGGCAACUUCACCCUCCAGUUCCACAGGCUGAUCAAUGUCACCGUGGAGUUCCAGCUCAAGGCCAUCAACAUCCAAACGCUGCUGAACCACGAGAUCCCCGACUGCUACACCUUCAGUGUCACCGUCACGUUUGACAACAGCGCCCACAGCGGGCGAGUGCGGAUCCGCCUGGACACGCACGCGGCCAUCCGGGAGUGCCACCACCCCUCGCUGCCCGGCACAGGUGACAACUCGCUGCGCCUGUCCUUCGACGUGCUGGUGACAGCCGUGUGCUCGCUGUCCCUGGUGCUCUGCGCCCGCUCCAUCGCCCGCGGGCUCCUCCUGCAGAGGGAGUUCAGCCGGUUCCUGCGCCGUCGCCGCGGCCUGGCCGUGUCGCUGUCGGACCGGCUGGAGUUCCUCAAUGGCUGGUACCUGCUGCUGGUCACCAGCGACCUCCUCACCGUGCUGGGCACCGUGCUCAAGAUCGGCAUCGAGGCCAAGAACUUCUCGGGGUACGACGUGUGCAGCAUCCUGCUGGGGACGUCGACGCUGCUCGUGUGGGUCGGGGUCAUCCGCUACCUGACCUUCUUCCAGAAGUACAACAUCCUGAUCGUGACGCUGCGCGUGGCGCUCCCCAGCGUGAUGCGCUUCUGCUGCUGCGUGGCCGUGAUUUACCUGGGCUAUUGCUUCUGCGGCUGGAUCGUGCUGGGCCCGCACCACGUCAAGUUCCGCUCGCUGUCCAUGGUGUCCGAGUGUCUCUUCUCGCUGGUCAAUGGCGACGACAUGUUUGCCACCUUUGCGGCGCUGCGGCCCAGCGGGGCGCUGGUGUGGCUCUUCAGCCAGGUGUACCUGUACUCCUUCAGCGCGCUCUUCAUCUACAUGGUGCUCAGCCUCUUCAUCGCCCUCAUCACCGGCUCCUACGACACCAUCAAGAAUCAGUCCGAGGGUGACGCGCCGGUGUCACAGCUCCACGCCUUCAUCGCGCAGUGCCGGGACAGCCCCGGUUCUGGAAAGUUCCGCCGGGACAGCUCCGCCUCCUGCCCCGCCCUCUGCUGCUGCCCCCGGGCCCCCGUGCAGGACAACGCGCUCGUGGUGAACUGAGGGGACCCGGGGGGGACACCCCAAAACCCCCACUUUUAAUUUAUUUUAUUUCCUGCUCUUACCUGCCCGGGACCCCAAAUCUGGGACCCCCAGGAUGGAUUUUUUUGGGGGGGGGGGGUUGGGAUGUUGGAGUCCCCAGAUCCGGUUUUGGGGAUAUUUUGGGACCCCCCCAAAUCCAUUUUUGGGUUAAAUUUGGAAUCCUGGGACCCCCAAAAUCCAUUUUUGGUGUUAAAUUUGGAAUCCUAGGACCCCCAAAAUCCAUUUUUGGGGACAUUUUGAGACCCCCAAAAUCCAUUUUUGGGGUUAAAUUUGGAACCCUGGGACCUCCAAAAUCCAUUUUUUGGUGUUAAAUUUGGAAUCUUAGGACCCCCAAAAUCCAUUUUUGGGGUUAAAUUUGGAAUCCUGGGUCCCCCUAAAUCCAUUUUUGGGGAUAUUUUUGGAACCCCCAAAUAAUUUUGGGGGGACGCUUCCAUUUUUGGGGUCACGACCCAUUUUUGGGGACCCCCAAAUCUGCUUUUAGGGACACUUUGGGAGCCCUCUGAUGAUUUUUUUGGGGGGUAAAUUUGGAGCCUUGGCACCCCCCGAUCUCUUUUUUGGGGACACUUGGGGACCUUGUCCGUGUCCUUGGCGUCACCGGAGCAGCGCUGGCACCCAAAAAUGUCCCUUUUCACCCCAAAAUGGGGCUGUGGCCACGCCGGGGGGGGGUUGGUGUCCCCAAGGGGACAAUAAAGGUGAUC